CCCUCCAACUCCUGCGAAAGCAUGUCUGGUCGCGGCAAAGGCGGGAAGGGUCUUGGUAAAGGCGGCGCCAAGCGCCACCGCAAGGUGCUGCGCGACAACAUCCAGGGCAUCACCAAGCCCGCCAUCCGCCGCCUGGCGCGGCGCGGCGGCGUCAAGCGCAUCUCCGGGCUCAUCUACGAGGAGACGCGCGGCGUGCUCAAGGUCUUCCUGGAGAACGUGAUCCGCGACGCCGUCACCUACACGGAGCACGCCAAGCGCAAGACGGUCACGGCCAUGGACGUGGUCUACGCGCUCAAGCGCCAGGGACGCACCCUCUACGGCUUCGGCGGCUGAGCUGCUCCCCCCUUUGCACAGCACCACAAAGGCCCUUUUCAGGGCCGCCC